AACAGAUUAAUUAAACGGCAAACAAAAAAUUAGAUGCCAUAUUUUUUGUGUUUUUUCCCCUUAAAAUUUUGACUUGGACGGAGGUAGAUCCUGUUGGUAGAGAGAGCACUAACGACGAUCAUCGAGCGAUGGAUUUGGCUGAACUAUGGGCUAUUUUCGGACCCGGGUUCUCCGGCGCAGUCUUCGGAACCGGGUGGUGGUUUUGGGUUGACGCCGUCGUGUGCAGUUCCAUUCAAGUUCCCUUCGUCCAUUACCUUCCCGGCAUAUUCGCAUCUCUCGGAGCUUUGAUGUUCAAUUGCGUCAGAAAAGAAGACAUUGAUUACUCUCCUUAUGACGAAGGCGAGUGGAGAUUGAAGCUAUGGCUUUUCAUAGCGUAUGUCGUAGCGUUUGUUUCCUUAGCUGCAUCUGUUGGCUUGCUGAUUCAAGAUUCGGUCGUCAAGACUGGGCCUUCGACUUGGACUGGUGUGGCUGGUGUUUUUCAAUGCGUGUUUGUAUUGAUAAGUGGGCUAAUGUAUUGGACGUCACAUUCAGAGUAAGUAGACGCACAGGCCCAUACUUCAUCUCCGACUCAAAUACAUUCUGUGACAACAUAAGUUCCUAUCUUUUUCUCACUCUGUAAAUUCCUGUGUCUUGUCUGGUCAGCUUGACCUUGUUCUAGAUUCCUCUGUUGCAUCAGUGUGUUUGUGUUAAACUUUGUUGCUGUUAUUGAAUAUCCACCUUUAGUACAAGAAUAUAAGUUGAACUCCAAAUCAA